GGAAUCUUUCGCUAUCCUUGACCUUGACGCGUACAUGCGCUUGUACUUUGCAAAUUGCGAUUGGUAAUCGCAAAAGUUGCGGAGAAUUCCGUUCCUCUCCCGCCUUCUAGCCCGCGGCGAGGGAAUAAAGAAGGGAUUUUCCGCUAUCAGAGCAGAUCAAAUGAUCAGAGAAGGAUCCAGAAAGGUCUUUUCAUAGCCGACAGUUUUCCUAACCUGAAUAAUCGUCAACUUUAACGAUUAAUAUUUCGGUUCACGGGGCAGAGCGACAUCUUAUUUCGGUUAGAUUCUUUUAUUUCAUGCAAAAUUGCAUCGACUGAAAUCGAAUUUCAUCAAAAUUAAAGUGGGUUAGCAGUUAUUAGUUAUCAGUAUAUUCUUUUUUAAAAAUGGCUACUACUGAUAAUGACACAAUAAUAGAUCAAACUUUGUCAGAAAAAUUUGUAGAGAAAGGACGAAAGUCACCAUUUCUUAUUGCAAGUUUAAUAAGUUUAGCAGGUGUCUGUGGCUAUGGUAUUUAUGGUUUUAAGAAGAAAAAGAUGUCUACACAGAUAUAUUUAAUGCAACUCCGAGUUGCUGCCCAAGGAACAGCAAUAGCUUGCCUGGCAAUAGGAAUGGCAUAUCACAUGGUAAAGAAGUAUAUCUUGCACGAUGAAGAACCAUGAUGCUUAAUGCUAGAUAAAUUUAAUAGCUUAAUUGUUUAAUAAAAUAGGAAUUAAAAAUG